GCUUCAAGGGGUUGAUCUCGGCUCUCUCUGGACAUUUACUCGACCUUGAAACUCAUCUUGCCUUUUUACCGCUGUUCAAGAGGUGCUGAUUGUCCAUAGAGAGUGCUGACUAGACUGACAUUCGACUGCUUCAAGGGGUUGAUCUCGGCUCUCUUUGGACAUCUACUCGACGUCGAAAAUCAUCUUGCCUUUUUAUGGCUACAUAUCAGCCUCUACGUUGGAGAGUAGGAGUUUGAGGUUUCUGCAAGGUUGCCUCGGGCUCGAAUUCUAUACCUCGACAAGCGGUCGACAAUACACAGCUAUGAAAAGGCACGAUACAUUUCACGGUUGCAAAAUUGUCCAAAGAGAGAUGAGCAGUAAGGCAUGUAUUCAUUCGAUGAUGUCUCUUCCAGCAAUGUUAUCUAGCAAACUAAUCGUUGGAGGUUGUUCAGAAACCGAUCUCGGCCUCAUGUUCGCGAAGGAUAUCUUGAGACGACUCUGGUGCAUCCUUGGCAGCCUUCAUCUGACGAAGGACGAACUCCUUGAUCUCCAUCCACUUCUCACCGAAGACCGUCUCCGGGCGCGACUCAAACACCACGCUCAUAGCUUCUCUGAGCUGUUCUGGCUCGAGCAGGCCAUCGGUGGCAUCGUUUGCGAUGUCGUACAUAUCGCCUUCAAAGUCGUAACGCAUUUGUUGGAACUUGUCAUCUUGUCUGCUCUCGAGCGAGGACUUGAUGUCGACGAGACGUUCCUCGAGAUCGUUUCUGCAUUGCAUCAGUAUGUUUCGCAGUGUGCAUGACGAUGGGAGUACUUACUCUUGCUCAACGGUGGUCUCUUCCUGGUACUCGGCCAUGUCCAUAGCCUGCUUUCCGCUGUGCAGAGCGAACCUCACUGUUCUGAGGUAGAUGGUGUUGGCAUCACCGAGCUUGUCUUCGCCACCCUUUUGGCGGAUCCACAGGUCGGUAGCUUGUUG